UUCACGACGGACACGAGGUCAGGAUGGUGCGGAGUCGGUGAAUGGUGUUUCCUCAGGAGACAACUUAUUCCACAAACUGGCACAGUGUAUGACAAGUCCAACGAAAAAUCAAACAAAAGAACUGCUAGUUCCAAGACAUGAAUUUUUGUAUGAAGAUAAAAUGUGGAGACAUCCAUAUAGAAUAGAAAGCAUGGGCCGACAAUUUUCAUUUCAUGAAGAAGCAUCACUUGUAUAUUACAAUCCUGGUAUCUUGGUUCAUGUAGAUGAUAACUUUUAUCAAAGAAAUGCAAUAAAUUUUGCAAAUUACAGACAAUAUGCAUAUCCAGGUGCUUAUAAAAGAUAUCCAGAUUAUUAUUACAGUGAUGUUAGAGAACGAAGGCGAUUUUAUCCCAAUCCUUAUUUACCAAAUCACUUAACACCAGAUGAUUUUGAAGAUGAUCAACCUCCAAGAAAAAGAUUAAAAAUAGAAAAUGGUUCUAACAUCUAUAAUAAUGACUUAAAUUAUAUAACCAACAAACAUAAAAUUUAUGAUCACCAAGAACAACAAAGCAAUGAACCUGUAAUACAAAAUCCACAGUUUGCUGAACAAAAAUUAGAUCCUCUAAAAUUGAGUGAACAAUUACAAAAACAUUUUGGAAAACCAUCAUCAUUUUCUCAGUCUACUGUGAACUCAUCUGAUGAAACUAAUUUAAACCAUUCAAUUACAGAGAGUCAUAAUAGUGGAUUGUUGGUAGAACAAAUGAAAGAAAUUUAUGACACACUCAUUGCAAAGGAUGAUCCAAAAAAUUCAGGUAAAUUUUUGUGUGUACAGUUAAUAUACAAAAGAAUUUACUAA